AGCGCCAGAGCGAACGAGAGCGGGUUUGACAGCGUGACAGAUGAACCCGCGGAUCGGUGGGCUUGCUUUGCAAUCAGGAGUGCGAGCAGAACCGUGUCGAACCGAGCCGAGCCGAGCUGAGGCGGGUAUCAGCCUCGGUCCGGAGCCUGGAGCCCCCGCGCGCUCCCGCAGCGUGAAAUGGAGCAGAUUGGACGCAUUCAGAUUUCAGGUCUCUGUCUUUGGCACCGUUUCACAAUCAACCCUGUGAAGCAACGUACCGAAUGACGAGAGCACCCGAGUGAAGGGGCAGUAUGCACAGGGAUCAGAAUUCAGGAUCACAACAAAAUGGGGCCUAACUGAGUAGAACUGGAUAAAUCUGUUUUCCCACAACAGCCAGGAGUUUCUUGAAGCUACCUCAAGGCGUUACGCAACCACAGACUGCGCCGCAAACUUCAUCGGACUUGAACUCAGAUGAUGAUAUGGUGAACUGACAACCGAAGCCCAGCAGGCAACAAAAAGCCCUCUGAUCAGAGCCGUCUUCAGCAGACAUGUCGGGGCUCAAACGUCAUCACGAUGGGAAGAUUGCUGGACUGUACGAUCUUGACAAGACGCUGGGUCGUGGUCACUUUGCUGUGGUCAAGCUGGCUCGUCAUGUAUUCACUGGGGAAAAGGUUGCCGUAAAGGUGAUCGAUAAGACCAAGCUGGACCCAGUGGCAAGGAGCCACCUUUUCCAGGAGGUACGAUGCAUGAAAAUGGUGCAGCACCCCAACGUGGUACGCCUUUACGAGGUCAUCGACACGGCCACCAAGCUCUACCUCAUUCUGGAGCUGGGCGACGGAGGAGACAUGUACGACUGCAUCAUGAAGCACGACGGAGGCCUCAGCGAAGAGGUGGCCAAGUGUUACUUUGCCCAAAUCGUCCACGCCAUUUCCUACUGCCACCAGCUCCAUGUGGUGCACAGGGACCUGAAGCCUGAAAACGUGGUGUUUUUCGAGAAGCAGGGAGUCGUCAAGCUCACCGAUUUUGGUUUUAGCAAUCGCUUCCAACCUGGGAAGAAGCUGAACACCUCCUGUGGCUCCCUGGCUUACUCAGCUCCUGAAAUACUGCUGGGGGACGAGUAUGAUGCUCCCGCAGUGGAUAUCUGGAGUCUGGGAGUGAUCCUGUUCAUGCUGGUCUGCGGUCAGCCCCCGUUUCAGGAGGCCAACGACAGCGAGACCCUCACCAUGAUCAUGGACUGCAGAUACACGGUGCCUGCACAUGUGUCCAGCGCAUGCAGAGACCUUAUAGGCCACAUGCUGCAGAGAGACCCAAAGAAACGAGCGACUCUAGAGCAGAUCGAGAGCCACCAGUGGCUCCAAGGUGUCGACCCCUCCCCAGCCACCAAGCUAUCCACCCCACUGGUGUCUCAUCGCAGCUUAUCUGAGGAGGAGCACGGUUCUAUCAUCCAACGCAUGGUGCUGGGGAGCAUCGCAGACAGAGACACCAUUACCGAGGCUCUGGAGUCGAACCAGUACAACCACAUCACGGCUACCUACUUCCUGCUGGCAGAGCGGAUGCUGAGGGAAAGACAAGAGAAGGAGCAGCACAACCAGACACGGUCGCCCAGUCCCAGCAAAGCCCAGUUCAGGCAAUCUUGGCCCACCAGGGUAGAUGUUCACCAGGAUGUCAGUGAUGGAUUAGGAGGUCCUACUAUUUCCCAUCCUGGGGGUCCACAGUCCCCUGCACGCAGUGCCGAAAGCCUCCACAAAGGUCCCAGACCCAAAACAGCUCUGCUAGACCUCAACCAGCGGCCGGAGAGCAACAGCUGCCAACAGCAACCUGUACGACAAGACCAGGAGAGGAGUCUGAGACCUCUUGCUAAGCCACACUCCAACCCUCUCAGGCUUACCUCCUUGGCGUCAGUGGGGCCCUGCAAACCACGUAGUCCAAGUCUUUUUAGCGUGGAAGAGGAUGAGGAAGAAGAAGGGGCAGAAGAUAAGUGUCUGCCCCCUUCUACGUUGCCUUCUCAAGUGGUGCUUCGCUGCAAAGCCUCCUGCUCCUCCUCAUCCUCGUCCUCGAACAGCAACCGCAUGACGUCUCGAAUGAGCGCCCCGAUUCUUAACCAGAUCCACGAGGAAGACCAAGAGGACGACGAGGAGGAGGACGGGAGAGAGCUGCACGGACUGGGUCUGCCGAAACCUAGUCUUAGCCUCAAUUUGAACUCCAGAAUACCGUCCUCUCAGGCUGGCACCCCCAGCUCAGAGACCAGCGAGGACCUGAGAGAGCGCCACUUCAAACCAGACCCACUGACCGCGGCUGAACCGGAGGACGAGAGCGCAGACAGGAAGGAGGGCGGAGGGAAAAGUGGGUCGGGGCAGGACAGUCCCUCUAACUGUGCCAGUCCAGGAUCGGGGUCAGGUCAGGGUAAAGGCACCGCCAAAGCAGCCAGUGGCCUGGUGGAGAGCCUCAAGCUGAUGAGCCUGUGCCUGAGCUCUCAGUUCCACAACCUGACUGUGGGGGGAGGCGGAGGUGGAGGCGGUGGAGGUGCCGGUGGCAGCGUUGGCGUAGACCCUCAGGAUCGUCCCGUGUGGAGGAUGUGCAUGGGUGGCUCUACGGGCAGUUUGGACAAAGUGUCGCUCCUGGGCGGGCCCUCGCCACGAGGGAACCUUUACCACCAGCCCCCCCUGGGAGACAUGCUGGGGGACCCGCUGCUGGAGGGGCCCUGCUCGGGAACGUUGCGGCUGGGGGAGCUGGACCUGGCCAGGGAGAACCACAGGAACAUGAAGAACCACACGCUGCAGGUGCCUCUGAACGAGAAGACUCUGUCCGUCAACAUCCACCGAGGCCCCAAGGAGGGUCUGCUCUGCACCCCCACCCCGCACAGCUGCUGCCAGGUCAUAUAGAGCCGCAGCAGCAGGGCGUGGCGCACACUCCACCUCAUACAUCCUUUACUCCCUGCUUUUAUUUUCAGUGAGCUGUCAGAAAUUUGCACAGUUUUUUUUCUAUUUUACGUUGUUUUUCCUUGGUUGUUUUGGUUUUGUUGGAGAGCUGGGAGAAAAUCCAAAUGCCAAAAUUGCACAUUUAGUGACACCACCGAGGAGGUCAGGUGUACAUAUGUGAAGCACUUUCCAAAAAAAAAAAAAAAAAAAAAAGAUUAAAAAAGAAAGCACUUAAGGGACUUUCAGGUGUGUGUUAAAUAAGAGACUUUAAAAAGGACAGCAGAUAUCUGCUCACUCACAGCUAAAGUUCACAAUGAUAAGAAGCUGAAAGAAUCAACGUUUUAUGAUCUCGUUACGUCUCUCUUUUGUUCUACACUGAUGUUUUUAAUAUCAUAUUUUUUAAAUUAUUUUUGAGACAAUCGUUUUAGCUUUUUUUAUUCUAAUUGAUAUAUUUAAGUGGAAUAUGUGGUCAGCGGUUGGCAUCUGCUCAUUGUGGGCAUGAGUAUUAAAUUAAUUUAGAGCUUUUAAUGGUUUAGAAUGAUUAAAGAACGUGGAUCUUAAAUGGUUUGUGAAGCAAGAAUUCAGCGCACAAGUUUGAAUUAAUUAAAGAUUUUUUCUAAUCCACACAGGGUGACAUACUGCCUCAAAUAUUUGGUUACAUGUUUUUUUAGCAAGCUGCACCUGAAUCACACUUUUUUUUAGCCGUCAUCAAGCUUCUGGUAUAACUGCGGCUGAUAUUUGACUGUUUCCUUUAGCAUAAAUGCUAGAGAUAAUUAAAACUGGUUUCUAAACACAUUCCACAGAUUUACAGUACAGCUAAAGUUGAGGUCUUUUCAGGUGUCUGCUUCAUCCAAUCAGAAACCAGUUUUGAUUUGUUUGUGUAACGCACCGUUACCAUGGUAGAAAAACAAUCCCACACCAUGACGCACCCACUGCUGUGCUGGGCAGUUGGUACUUGACUCCUCCAAACAUACUUCUUGUCAACAACAAAGACAACAAACAACAACCAUCAUUAAACUUUAACAUUUGAGCCUCCUACAGUUUAGUCUCUGUGUAGACACCGUGGUGACAGAAACUGUCCUCAGGUCAGUUUAGGUCAGGGGUCUGCUAACUGUGGCUCUUUGAAGCUUUAACCAAAAGUAACAUAAGAUUGAAUUAUUUGACUUUUUUUUCUAUCCGCGCAACAGAAAAGACUAGCUUUAGCAGUUUUCCUGUUCAUUUGUUUGAAAAUUUGUGAGCAAUCCUUCGAAUACAAGAGGUAAAUAUGUUGAUUAGAUCAUGCUAGUAGCAUGUUGGCCACUUCAGUAACCCAACGUCCUGUUUUAAUUAUGAUCUUUCUCUCAAAUCCAUUAGGAAGUUUUAUGGAAUAUCUUUAAGAGAUGUUGCUGAGACGAAAUAUGUUGAAUUGAUUAUGUAACAAUAAAAAUGGGAGGAAAAGAAAAACAUAUCCCUGCACAGUUUAGUGUUUUAGUUUUUAUUAAAUUUGGUAUACUUUUUUUUCUUGUUUAAACGAAUAUGGUCUUUUCUUUGGUUCAAAAGUGUAAAAACAAUAAUAAAUGUUUAAAUUUACUAUAAAAAGAGUUUUCUAAUGUUGCCUCCCCUGGCUGGAAAGGCCUGUCUUCAACAAACUUAAAGUGGCCUCCAGUUGUUUAUUACAAUUGUAGCACGUUUCAAAGGUUCGGUCUCUUUAGAUUGUCAACUUUCCAAUUGUUCUGAGUAUCGGGCCAUCCCUGCCGGUGUUGUAACAAAUCCUUUUUACACUAAAGAAGUUAAAUAAUAACCACUGGUCUCGUUCAGCUGAGACCUUCAUCACCACCUUUUACAAGCUUUAGAUUUAAUGUGUAAAUGUUUGAGUCUGUGGGACUCUUUAUGACUCCGUGUGGAUUAGAGAAAUUCCUGAAUAAAGUCCAACUUGUGCAGCCAGUUCAGUUCAAGAAUGAUUUAAAUCAAUCAUUAAAAGCUACAAAACCAAUUUAACAAUCAUGUCUUUAAUGUGUGCAUGCAAACUGACCACACUGUUUUCAUCCAUAUGAGGACUAAUAUAAUGAAAACAGAUGAGAGCGAUGGCAGCACAUGAUAUUUCCAGGGGUUUGACAUUUUAUUUAUCUCAAACAGGCAGAAAGGAGCUCCUGUCUGACCUCUGCGCUCGGACGGCAGAGGUUGUACAUAUGUGAAUAGUUUAACAGUACACUGUACCUGUAGUAUUUAUCAGUAGAGUUGUAUUGCAGUAGAGAAUGCUAGAUCCUUCGACACCAUUCUUCUUUAUUCCCACUGGAAAGUCAGGGUCUGAUGCAGAGUUAGAUGGUUUUCUGAUGGCUGAGCAAGAACAUUCAACAGAUUCAAUCCAAACCACCACUGGCACAUAGGCACGCAACGGGCAGCCCUUUAAAUUCACAGUGGCCGAUCCAUUCAUGUAGUGGAGGGAAAAAAAUACUAAUAAAGAAUGGGUGGAUCCUAACUGGUUUUCUAGGAUCACAGUAGCCACUGCUGUAGCAUAUUCCAAAACAACAAGACAAGGGUUUCAGCGGAAAAAUAACACCUCCACCCUUCAAGUGUUUGUAACUGGAUGUGUGACCCACCCCCCCUAGUGGAAUAUCUAACAUGACCGUGCAUGUGUUUUGCUGUAGCAACCUUAACUCCUAACUCACGAGGUCAAGCCACCUGUUGUCUCCACCUAAUAACAGAUUCAAACGGUCACUUUACUGUAAGAUCACAGCAAUACCAGCGACUGCAAAAUGUACAACUAUGGAUGUGCCAUAAAAUUUGUCUUGAGCAUAUUGUACUGUAUGUAUAUGAUAGAGACCUAUUACAAUAAAAUAAUGUGAAUGAA